GAUAACCUGAACCUGCUUCUGACGGAGGAAGAGACGUACAGCCUUAUGGAGACGUUCAGCCAGUGCAAAGUCAUCCCAGAGUGCCCCCUCACACUGGAUGACUUCCUCCAUUACAAGCACCUGGUGAAUCGCAGAAUGCAGGAGAAGCAGCUGAGCGACGAGCUGGAGGAACAGGCCACCCUACAGUUCUCCUCCAUGGACCCCGAGAAGAAGGGACAGGUGGAAUGGGCGGACUUCCUCUCCCAUGAGUCCAUCUGCCUGCUGCAAAAGCUGCGUUCACCGAAUUCUCUGCUGAGACAGUUGUCUGCCAAGGAGCGGGAGCGGGCAUGCGCCACAUUUCUGUCCCUGGACCAGGACAACGACCGGCUGAUUGUCAGCAGCGAGUGCAAGAGAGCGCAGCAUGGCUGGUUCCGCAAACAGUCUAAAGAAGCAGUUUCGUGUAACGUCAGUAUUAGCCAUGUCGGCCCCAUGUCGGAGAGCAGCCCGGCUAGCAGCACCAGUGGGAGGAGCCAAGAGAAGGUACCGCUGAGCACGGAGCCAGAUGAGCACAGGACGGUGAAUUGGGAGACCUUUCUGAGGGAGAAUAUUAUCUAUAUCCUCGCUGCUCGGCCAAACAGCUCUGCCAUCCACCUGAAGCCAUCGAUCUAAGUAACCAGGGGGAAGGUCAGGUUGACCAAAAACCGCCAACAACACCCAACCACUGAUGGCUGCAUGAUGUACGGAGGGCGAGAGGGACUCUCGGUCACAUUGUAGGCCAAGAUGACACAGAACAGAAUCUUGCCCAAAGUGGAGAUGUCUUCCCCGACGAGCCCCUGAGGAAUGACCUCAUAUUGUUACUAGCUCACCACCGCCUUGCUCUAAAUAAUAAUAGUACGUUUGGGAUUCGGUCCCGGAGACUCUCGUGCCGCAGUGACGCCAUUAGGCUUUGGUCUUCAUGAACAACGCGUCUCAGUAGUUAUUUAUUUGGGGAAGGACACAGAACGCCGUGGUUCUCAUCCGUGACUGAAUCCAGCGCAGAGGCUGUGCCAGGCUGUUUCCUGGCCCUCGGGUCCUGAUUAUUCUCUUGUGGAGUUCUUUGUUCCUGAAUUGCUAAUGUUUUGGGUAAUGUUAAACAAAACAUGUUUAAUGCUGCGUCCAUAGUAGUUUGUUUUGCAAUUUUUAUUUUCCAGAUACAGUAUAUGAGAGAUUUCAUUAAAAGAUUAAACAAAUACCA